AGUGUCCGGGUGGAAAUAAGGAUGGAGACCAACCGGCCGCUUCUUCCAGGGGCUUCGUCACUUCCGGGGUGGGGGACCCUUCCCAGCGCUGCACCCGCCCGCGCGGGUGUCUGAGUCGCAGUGAUAAAAUAUGGCCAGGCAAAUACCAGAAUCUGAUCAAAUCAAGCAGUUCAAAGAGUUUCUUGGGACAUACAAUAAGCUUACAGAAACCUGCUUCCUGGAUUGUGUGAAAGACUUCACUAGCCGAGAGGUUAAAUCAGAAGAGACAACCUGCGCAGAACACUGCUUACAGAAGUAUUUGAAAAUGACACAGAGGAUCUCCAUGAGAUUUCAGGAGUACCACAUUCAGCAGAACGAAGCUCUGGCUGCUAAAGCAGGACUUCUUGGCCAGCCUCGCUAGACAAGACUGCUGUGUUCAGACUUCUUUCUAAAGCAGUGCCAAUGUUUACUGGGCUGGAAGUGCAGAUGUUUUGAUCUAACAGCUGUUGUGGGUGUAUCCACCGGAUCAGAACAGUGUUUUAUAGACCAUCUGGCAGGUGGAAAUUUAAGGAAACAAUGAUGGGCUACAGGCAAAUUCAUUAAUGGCCGACAGGCAAGUGGAGCCUAUUUUCAAGAGCCUUUUUACUGUGCAGUGGAAUAAUGUUGGUACAGCCUUUUCCAGAGGCCUGCAGUCUGGCAGAUACAGAGGUUUUGGGGAAUGGCCAUUUUUUUUUUUUUUUUUUAGUGUAAUUCCACUAUGACUUGAUUUCAAUACAAAACACAUUUUAUGGAAAUAUAGUAUCUAAAUGUCUGUCUUUUUAUUUAAUCAAAGUAAAAUAAUUGCAAACUG